CCCUCUUUUUUCUCUCUCUCUCUAUAGAUACACAGUUCUUGGUCCCAAUCAGCACCCAGCAGCGAAAAAUCCAAAAGAAAAAAGAAGGAAAAAAAAUACGGAGUAAUAAUGAAGGUGAUGAUGUGGUCAUUUGGCGACAACAUGGGAUACUGCUAGUUUUGACUGGUUUUUGCCAGUUUAUAUUAACUGACAAACCUCUUCUCAUCUCCCCAAAACCCCUCAUUCAAACGUUGUUAUAUUAUUAUUAUUAUUGCCACUCGCUCUUCUCUUAUUUUAACACUGAACUGAAGCGAGCAGGGCGGGGAGUAUUAUUUUAGAGAGAAGUGAUCGAAGAAGUUAAGAAAAAAAAAAAAACAUGAUGCGCAGGUGUAGCAGCGGGUGCCAUGGGAACAUGGUGGGGACAUGUUCAUGUGGUCUGUUUCAUCGUCACGGUCAAAAUAGCGAUGGGUCGUCUACUGCUUUCUCUAUGUUCUUCUCAUCUGCGCCUAUUAAUCACCGGCCGGGGGUUAAUGGCUAUGAUUAUGAAGAUGCCCAGAAUAUGUAUUCUUUUGCUUCUUCUUCUUCUGUGGAUUGUACGCUUUCUUUGGGAACUCCUUCCACUCGUCUCACCACUGAGAACGAGAAACGAGGAGCUGAUAAUCAUCACCGCAAGUCCGGUUUUUGCUGGGAUAUCUUCCAGUCCAACAAACAACCGCCUUCAUCCACCGCCGGGAAUAAAUCCGGCCGUGGCGGCGCCGCCGCCCCGGACGUCGCUCGCCGCUGUGCUAACUGUGACACCACUUCCACUCCCCUAUGGAGAAACGGCCCCCGUGGCCCAAAGUCACUUUGCAAUGCGUGUGGGAUUCGCUACAAGAAAGAGGAGAGGAGGGCCAGUGCGGCGGCGGCCACCGCAAACGGCGGCGCUCCGGUGAUGGACUCCCAAUUCAUAAACAAUUCAUGGGUCAAUCAUCACCACUACUCACAGACCCCACAGAAACUCUCCUGCUACCCUUCACCCUACGGCAACGAGUUCAGGUUCAUCGAGGAAGACGACCGCGAUUCCGACUCCGGCGCCGCCGGCAUUUCCUUCCUCUCCUGGCGCCUCAACGUCGCCGAUCGGCCCAGCUUAGUUCACGACUUCACCAGGUGAAAAAAGAAAAAAAUACAAAUCCGAUCGAAGAAGCAUACGUGGCUAUCUAGCUCAUUAUUAUGGGAAUCAUCUUUUUCUCUCCAGCUGUUUUUGUUUUAUUCUUUUUGGUCUGUGUUUCAUAGAUUGAGUGAAAAUGAGUUAAUUCUAUGUUGUCUGCCUUUUCUUCUUUUUAGUCGGUCAAGAUCAAGAAGCAAUUAGUUAAGUAGCUUAGUAGGGCUUUAACUUUUCACUUUGAAGAUGAUGAUAUAUAAUAUAUAUAAAUAUAUAUACUCCGUAGUAUAUAUACCAGUUGUAGCAUCGA